AUGCGGGGCCGGCGCGGCAGGCCGCCCAAGCAGCAGCAGCCGGCGGCGGCCGCCGCUCCGGCGAGCUCCCCGGCCCCGGCGGGCCCCAUCGGCGGGCUGCGCUCCCGGCAGCGCGGCAGCAGCCGCGGCAGGUGGGCGGCCGCGGCCCAGGCGGAGACGGCGGGGCCCAAGCAGAAGGGAGCCGGCGCUGCCCAGGCCUCGUCGCCCGCCGCCGCCUCGCCCAGGGGGGGCGGCAAGAGGAAGGCGGGCGGCGGCGGCAGCAGCACCCCCGGUGGGGGAGGCAGCGGCGGUAAGGGCAGGGGCAGGGCCGGGGCGGCAGGAGCAGGGGGAGGAGGAGGCGCAGGAGGCAGCUGCAACAGCCAAGGCAGGGCUGCCUCGUCCAGGAGGAGCAUCAGCAAAGUGGUGUACGACGAUCAUGAGAGCGAGGAGGAGGAGGAGAGCAUGGUGUCCGAGGAGGAGGAGGAGGAGGGAGACCCCGAGGAUAACCAGGACUCCGAGGAAGAAGAGGAGGAGGAGAUAAUGGAGGAGGAGGACGACGACGACUCUGACUACCCCGAAGAGAUGGAGGAUGAAGACGAUGCCAGUUAUUGCACUGAGAGCAGCUUCAGGAGCCACAGCACCUACAGCAGCACCCCAGGUAGGAGAAGACAAAGAGCACAUCGUCCUCGUUCUCCAAUAUUAGAAGAAAAAGAUAUCCCACCCUUGGAGUUUCCUAAAUCCUCAGAGGACUUAAUGGUGCCUAGUGAGCAUAUAAUGAAUGUUAUUGCCAUCUAUGAGGUACUAAGGAACUUUGGCACUGUUUUGCGCCUCUCUCCUUUUCGUUUUGAGGACUUCUGUGCUGCUCUGGUAAGUCAAGAGCAGUGCACACUUAUGGCAGAGAUGCAUAUAGUGCUGUUAAAAGCAGUUUUACGUGAAGAAGACACUUCAAAUACUACCUUUGGACCUGCUGACCUCAAAGAUAGCGUUAAUUCCACUUUGUAUUUCAUAGAUGGAAUGACGUGGCCAGAGGUUCUGCGGGUAUAUUGUGAGAGUGACAAGGAAUACCAUCAUGUUCUUCCUUACCAAGAGACAGAGGACUAUCCUUAUGGACCAGUAGAGAAUAAAAUCAAAGUUCUGCAGUUCUUAGUGGAUCAGUUUCUUACCACAAACAUUGCACGUGAGGAGUUAAUGUCAGAAGGUGUUAUUCAGUAUGAUGAUCAUUGUAGGGUUUGUCACAAACUUGGGGAUUUGCUUUGCUGUGAGACUUGCUCGGCCGUGUACCACUUGGAGUGCGUGAAACCCCCUCUGGAGGAGGUGCCCGAAGACGAGUGGCAGUGUGAGGUCUGUGUGGCACAUAAGGUACCUGGAGUGACUGACUGUGUGGCUGAAAUCCAAAAAAACAAACCAUAUAUCCGACACGAACCUAUUGGAUACGACAGGCAUAGGCGGAAAUACUGGUUCCUGAACAGGAGAAUCAUCAUAGAGGAAGAUUCAGAAAGUGAGAAGGAUAAGAAAAUCUGGUACUACAGCACAAAGAUCCAGCUGGCAGAGUUAAUUGAAUGCCUGGACAAGGAUUACUGGGAAGCUGACCUAUGCAAAACCCUGGAUGAGAUGCGUGAAGAAGUUCAUCGGCACAUGGAUGUGACAGAAGACCUUACAAAUAAAGCAAGGGGCAACAACAAGUCUUUCCUUUCUGCAGCAAAUGAUGAAAUUUUGGACAUUAUCAGAGCAAGAAAAGGAGAAAUAGUGGAAGAUAAAAACACAGGAGAUGAGGAAGCAGAAAAGGCCAAAAGUGAUGUUGAUAAUGACCAGACAGAUGCUGAGAGAGACAAGGAAGAAUCUGGAGACCAGGAUAAAAUCGAGGAAACACAAAGUGAGCAAGAUGUGGAAAAAGAGAAAACAGAAGAGGCAACAGUCGUUGGGGAUAAAAGUAACUCUGUGACCUCAAGCACUGAUGACAACACCACAAAUCCUUCUGCAGGAGAGAAUAGUUGUUCUGAAGGGAAGGACGCAGUGGGGUGUCAGUCAGAAACCCUUGAUAGCAACAACGUGGCAGAGAAGAAGGUGGCAUCAGAGCUCCCUCUGGAACUCUCAGAAGAAACUGGUCAGAUGAUCCCCAGCAGUGGCUCUGCUGCACCUCCACAGGCAGAUGUUGAGAACAGCAGUGGCAGCGAACUGGGCUCUGGCCAGAACGAUUCCAUUAAAACUCUUGAUGAUGCUGAAAAUGCAGAGAAGGGAUCCCAGGCUUCAGAGGACUUAGGAGAGAAAUCCAGUGGUGACAGAAGUGAUUCUCCAGGUGCAGGGAAGGGCACGCCAGGCUCGACGCGGAUGCUCACCAGAUUGAGAAAUCCAGAUAGCAAACUGAGCCAGAUGAAAAGUCAGCAGGUUGCUGCUGCAGCAAAUGAAGCAAAUAAGUUAUAUAAAGAAACCAGAGAGGUUCUGGUGGUCAACUCUCAAGGUGAAGUCUCCCGAGUGAACACCAAGAAGGACAUUGUGAUUAAGGGAAAUAUCAACAACUAUUUCAAACUGGGGCAGGAGGGGAAGUACCGUGUUUAUCACAAUCAAUAUGCCACCAAUUCCUUCGCUUUGAACAAGCACCAGCACAGGGAGGACCACGACAAGAGGCGACAUCUCUCACAUAAAUUCUGCCUGACUCCAGCUGGAGAGUUCAAGUGGAACGGGUCUGUACAUGGCUCCAAAGUUCUCACCAUAUCCACCCUGAGGCUGACCAUUAUUCAGCUAGAAAACAAUAUCCCAGCAUCGUUCCUUCACCCUAAUUGGGCUUCCCACAGGUCUAACUGGAUUAAGGCUGUUCAGAUGUGCAGCAAACCCAGAGAAUUUGCACUAGCACUGGCUAUAUUGGAGUGUGCAAUCAAACCAGUCGUCAUGCUUCCCAUCUGGCGGGAAUCCUUGGGGCAUACGAGAUUACGCAGAAUGACAGCAAUAGAAAGAGAAGAAAAGGAGAAAGUGAAAAAAAAAGAGAGAAAACAAGAAGAAGAAGAAACAAUGCAGCAAGCUACAUGGGUGAAAUACACAUUUCCUGUCAAGCACCAGGUUUGGAAGCAAAAAGGAGAGGAAUAUAGAGUAACAGGAUAUGGCGGUUGGAGCUGGAUUAGUAAAACCCAUGUCCACAGGUUUAUGCCCAAACUACCAGGAAAUACUAAUGCAAAUUACAGAAAAUUACUAUCAACAAAGAGUGAAGAUGAAAAAUGCAACUUGGAUAAACGAAAAGGUGCACCUAAGGUAAAAACAGAGAAAGACAGAGCAAAGGACUCUCGAGAUCUGCAAGCAAAAGACAAAGCAGAUGUUUCAGAAACCUUGGAGAAAGUAGAAGUAAAAGAAGAAAAGUUGCAUGAAGACAAAUUGGAAGUUGACACAAUUUCUGAAAACUCAGAUCAUGCAAAAAAUACAGUGGAAAAAGACAUUGAUGAUGAAAAUGAUAAAGUCAUCAAGGAAGAACCUAUGGAUGUGGAUGAUGUGAAAAUUGAAUCCUCCAUAAAAGAUGAGGAAAGUCAUUGUAAGCGGGAUAUAAUCAAUGUCAGUGAGGGAUUUCAUUUAAGGACUUGCUACAAAAGGAAAGUAAAAUCAUCAAAAUUAGAUGGACUCCUGGAGCGGCGAAUAAAACAGUUUACCCUGGAAGAAAAACAGCGUCUAGAAAAGAUUAAGCUGGAGGCUGGUGCUAAAACUGGGGGCAUUCAAUCUGUGAGCCCCCAGAAAAACACAGAUGAGCUCCAAACGAGAAAAGGAAAAGAAGGAGGCCAGUUUGACUCUUCUUCCCAAGAUCAAAGCUACAUUUCAGGCAAGACCCAAGCCAAAGAUAUGGAGCAGGACUGUUUGCCCAUCAGCAGUAUCUCCUGUACCAAAACUGGGGAUGAAGAUGGACCUUCUUUGCCUUUGUCAAACAGGCUCUCAAAAGAGGGGCAGCUGCUGGAUGAAGACUUCCCUCAAUCCUCUGAAGGAGACAGCUUUGUUCAGAAUGAUGGCAGAGAAAACAACCCUGAACCUUCGACUGCUGAUAAGUGUCAAGGACAAGAGGCUCUUGGAGAGUCUGAGAGCUCUUUAGUGGAUGGCUUGAAACAAACCAGUGCAGAAGGCCGAACCAAAUGGGAUGUUUCAGAAAUAAAUGAAAAACCCUUGAAACAAAAGCUACCUAUUACCAGAGUGUCUCAGCGAGAACUUGAAAACUUAGGGCCAGUGGUACCUGAAAGCAGCUGUAGAAGAGAUGCUGUGGCCACCCUUGAAAAACCAGACUCAGAAGGGAAUUCUGAACAGCAAAGCAAAGAUGCAGAAAACAAUUGUAUGAUAAAAAGCCAUAUGGAAGCCAUGUCCUCUCAAGAAAGUGAAAUGGAGGAAGAAAUUUCUCCUGUAAAGACUGAAAGUAAAUCUGAAAAGAUUAUAUUUCACCAAAAAUCAGCUAAUAAAGAUCUAGAAUCAUUUAAAACGGGGCUGAUUUCUGAAAGAAACCUUGAAAGUCAAUCUCUGGAGCACAUGGAUGGGGAAGAUGAUAAUGAGGAUUUACUGAGCUCUAAACUAACAGAGGCUAAUGGUCAAAAGAAAGGUCAGGAACUGAAAGUGGAGACAGGUACCAUGAACAAAUAUCUUGAUCAGACAAAUGUAAAUACUGUUACUGACAAAAAGAAUAAUAAAGAUGAAGAAACUGAGACAGAAAAAGAAAAAUCAUCAUUUCAAAUGAAUGGAAAAGACAGUGACAUUAAAGCAUUGUCAAAUGAUGGCUGCUUAGUGAAAAAUACCUGUGAAGCAAAGGCAGGAGGUGAUAUCGAACCAAAAGUUAAUAAUUUUAAUAAAUCCAUUCCAGAACAUGAAAUAAAACCAUUGACUUUUAAGGAAUCUUCAGUAAAACCAUUCAUGAAUGGUGACAUCAUGGGAGAGGACACAAAAGAUAAAAAUAACGUGGACUCAAAGUCACGACUGCAGAGUUCACCUGAGUCUGAGUCUGGAGAGGGUCUUCAGGCACUAGAUGAAGUUUCCAAGUAUGUGCAGAAAACUGAAGAAAAUCAGCUUUCUCCUGAGAGAUCUGCCAGUGUUGGCUCUGCUUCCCCGCCAACACAGCCUGUCUGUAAAGAAAAUAACCUGAACAGUGAAACAGAAUCUAUGAAAACUGAAGCAAUUGAGGAGAAGAAAGUUGCUCCAUCGCCUGUAACCUCAUGUGAGGAAUCCAGCUUGAGCAGUCACUUUGCUGACCAGAAUGGGGUACAGACAUAUAAAAUGGAAAAUAUUAAUGGAGAAAGUAAAAUAAAAACUGUUAUUACUGAAGUGACUACCACAACCUCAACUGUGUCCACAGAGUCCAAAACGGUGUUCAAGGUUGCAGAGUCUGGAGCUGCCAGCAAUGAGAAAACCACAGUUGUUUCCUCCACAGAAAACUGUGCCAUCUCCACUGUCACCACUACCACCACUGUGACCAAGCUCACCACUCCAGCCACAGACACCAACUCUGAUGUCAUCUCUGUCCAGGAGCACAGUAAAACAGUGGUUACAACAACAGUCACCGAUUCACUGACCACCCCAGAAGGCACAUUGGUGACUUCUAUGACUGUCAGCAAAGAAUAUUCCACAAAAGACAAAGUGAAGUUAAUGAAAUUUGCAAGACCCAAAAAAACUCGUUCUGGAACUGCCUUACCAUCUUAUAGGAAAUUUGUUACGAAAAGCAGUAAGAAAAGCAUAUUUGUUUUACCCAAUGAUGACUUAAAAAAGCUGGCCAGGAGAGGAGGGAUCAGAGAGGUUCCUUAUUUCAAUUACAAUGCAAAGCCUGCCUUGGAUAUCUGGCCAUAUCCAUCCCCAAGACCAACUUUUGGGAUCACUUGGAGGUACCGACUCCAAACAGUCAAAUCAUUGGCUGGAGUGAGCCUGAUGCUGAGGUUAUUGUGGGCAUGUCUCAAAUGGGAUGAUAUGGCAGCAAAAGCUCCACCUGGGGGAGGAACCACAAGAACAGAAACAACUGAAACUGAAAUUACAACAACAGAAAUAAUCAAGCGGAGAGAUGUUGGUCCGUAUGGGAUACGGUCAGAGUACUGUAUAAGAAAAAUCAUAUGUCCCAUUGGUGUACCAGAGGCUCCAAAAGAAACUCCAACACCCCAGAGGAAGGGACUGCGAUCAAGUGCCCUCAGGCCGAAAAGGCCAGAAACCCCCAAGCAAACAGGCCCUGUUAUAAUGGAAACUUGGGUAGCAGAGGAGGAGUUGGAGCUGUGGGAGAUAAGGGCAUUUGCUGAAAGGGUGGAGAAGGAAAAGGCACAGGCAGUUGAACAACAGGCUAAGAAACGGCUGGAACAGCAGAAGCAGAUCCCUGCAGGAGGUGUGGUCCCUGCAGCCACCACAGCCAGCAGCACUGCAACCACAGUCUCCACACCACAGAAAGUGGUGGUGGGCCCUCUGACAGGCCCCGUCCCCACGGGAACCAAAGUAGUGCUCACCACUAAAGUGGGGUCUCCAGCUACAGUAACAUUCCAACAGAACAAGAAUUUCCAUCAAACUUUUGCUACUUGGGUUAAACAAGGCCAGUCUUCAACAGCCACUAGCACAGCUGCCACCUCAGCCACAACUAUUGCCAGCACAGGGCAGACCUUCCAGCUCUCAGGCAGCCCAGUAACGAUGGCAGGGAAAGUGAUAACUAAGCUGCCACUCCCUGCAAACAGCAAGAUUGUUGCCGUCAAUGUGCCAUCAACUCAAGGAGGUGUGGUUCAAGUUCAGCAAAAGGUAUUGGGUAUCAUUCCAUCAACUACAGGUGCAAGUCAAACCUUUACUUCAUUCCAGCCAAGGACAGCAACUGUAACCAUUAGGCCAAACACCACAGGGACAUUAGGAACAACAAGCACUUCACAAGUAGUGCAGGGGACACCACUGCGCCCCGGGAUGACGGUGAUCCGGACACCACUGCAACAGUCCACCCUUGGCAAGACCAUCAUUCGAACACCUGUAGUGGUGCAACAAGGUAUUCUGCCAGCCAGUCAGACACAGCAAGUGGUGACUCAGAUAAUUAGGGGUCAACCUGUGUCAACAGCAGUUUCUAGUACCAGCACAGCUUCUUCCAGCACUGGGCAGAAAACCAUCACGAGUUCUGGAACAGCCCCUCAACAAGUUCAGCCACAGACCCCAGCACCACCCCCUCGCCCUCAGCAGGGCCAGGUGAAGCUGACAAUGGCCCAGCUCACCCAGCUCACACAAGGACAGGGUGGCAGUCAAGGCUUAACUGUGGUAAUUCAGGGACAAGGUCAAACUACUGGUCAGUUACAAUUAAUCCCUCAGGGUGUGACUGUAAUACCUGGUCCAGGACAGCAGCUUAUGCAAGCAGCUAUGCCAAAUGGUACAAUUCAGAGAUUUCUGUUCACCCCACUACCAGCAGCUGCUACUACAGCUAGCACAACUACAACCACCGUUUCUACUUCAACCUCGGCUGCAGGGGAAGCGAAGGCGGCUCUGCAGGUGCCACCAGCAGCGGCCGUGCCCGCGGGACAGGGCCAGCCCGGUUCGGCCGCGGCACAGCCCACGGGGGCUCAGCCCCAGAGCUCUCAGCCCGAGGCCCCGAGCCAGCCCGAGGCUCCUGCUGACUCCACAGCCCCCAGCGAAGCUCAGCCCUCCAAAUCUCCGGCUCAGUCUCCAGCCCAGGCUCCGGGGCUCUCUCCAGCGCCAGGCCCGAUGCAGCCGCUGCCCGCGGGCCUGCCCCCGGGCCAGGCCCAGGCUCAGCAUCCAGCUCAGGUGCAAAUUCCAGCCCAACAACCCAGUCCAGUGUGGCCCCACGCUCCCACACAAAUUCCAGCUCACCUGCAGCAAGCACAGCCUCAGGUUCAGACCUCAGGCUCAACCCCUGCAAGCACUCAAAGUUUAAAUCAGGUUCCUGUCCAGUGCCCAGCUCAUCCUCAGCUGCAGCUUCAGCAGCCUCCAACAAGUGUAAUUGCAGUGCCUCAGCUCCAGCAGCAAGUGGAAGUCCUUUCUCAGCUGCAGCCCCUUAUUGUGGCUCAGAUACGAGCCCAGCAGGGCAGCGUGCCCCAGAUCAAGCUUCAGUUACCUCUUGAGGUCCAGCACAGUAGCCCAGCGCAGGCUCACAUUGCCAGUGUGGUGACAGUGCAAGCAGCUAGUGUGCAGGAGCAGCUGCACAGAGUUCAGCAGAUCAGGGAGCAGCAGCAGAAGAAGCAGCAGCAACAGAUAGAAAUUAAACAUGAGCACACCCUUCAGGCUUCUAAUCAAAGUGAAAUUAUCCAGAAACAGGUGGUUAUGAAGCAGAAUGCUGUUAUAGAACAUUUGAAACAGAAGAAGACACUGACUCCAGCUGAGAGGGAAGAAAAUCAGAGAAUGAUUGUGUGCAACCAAGUGAUGAAAUAUAUUCUGGAUAAGAUAGACAAAGAAGAAAAACAGGCAGCUAAGAAACGGAAGCGAGAAGAGAGCGUGGAGCAGAAACGGAGCAAACAGAACGCGACCAAGCUCUCAGCUCUGCUUUUCAAGCAUAAAGAGCAGCUGAAAGCUGAAAUACUGAAAAAAAGAGCACUUCUAGACAAAGAUCUACAGAUUGAAGUGCAGGAGGAGCUAAAGAAAGAUUUGGCUAAAAUUAAGAAAGAAAAAGAAAGAGCCCAAGCAGCAGCUGCUGCUGCAGCAGCCGCAGCCGCCGCAGCCGCCGCCGCUGCCCCACCACCGCCGCCACCAGUGCCACCAGCACCGCCACAGCUGCCAGCAGCCAGUGUCACCUCCUCCUCCUCCACCACUGUCCCCGUGCCAGUCUCCUCCCAGAAGAGGAAACGAGAGGAGGAGAAAGAUUCCUCGGCUUCCAAGUCCAAGAAAAAGAAAAUGAUUUCUACUACCUCAAAGGAAACGAAGAAGGACACAAAGCUUUACUGCAUCUGUAAAACGCCUUACGACGAGUCCAAGUUCUAUAUUGGCUGUGAUCUUUGUACUAACUGGUAUCAUGGAGAAUGUGUUGGCAUCACAGAAAAGGAGGCUAAGAAAAUGGAUGUGUACAUCUGUAAUGAGUGUAAACGGGCACAAGAGGGCAGCAGUGAGGAGUUGUACUGUAUCUGCAGAACACCUUAUGAUGAGUCGCAAUUUUACAUUGGCUGUGACCGAUGUCAGAACUGGUACCACGGGCGCUGCGUGGGCAUCCUGCAGAGCGAGGCAGAUCUCAUUGAUGAGUACGUGUGUCCCCAGUGCCAGUCCACAGAGGAUGCCAUGACUGUGCUCAGUCCACUCACAGAUAAAGACUAUGAAGGGUUGAGGAGGGUCCUGCGCUCCUUGCAGGCUCACAAGAUGGCAUGGCCGUUCCUAGAACCAGUAGACCCCAACGAUGCACCAGAUUAUUAUGGUGUCAUCAAAGAACCAAUGGACCUUGCUACCAUGGAAGAAAGAAUCUUGAAACGCUACUACAAAAAGGUCACGGAGUUUGUGGCAGACAUGACCAAAAUUUUUGAUAACUGCCGUUACUACAAUCCAAGUGACUCCCCUUUUUACCAGUGUGCAGAAGUUCUUGAGUCUUUCUUUGUACAGAAACUAAAAGGAUUUAAGGCAAGCAGAUUGUGAUAUCUUUAGUCUGAACUUUUUAACUGGAAUCAGAACUGGAUGUUGGGGUCACUUUCUUUUAUUGUACAAUCCAAUUACAUUAAACUGCCCUAAAAAUCCAGAUCAUUUGUCUAAAACAUAAAUGUUUUUGUUGCCAGUGGUCACACUGCUGAACAUAACUGUAUUAACAAAAAAUUGUUCCGUUCCUCAAAUACUGUAUUGAGAAAAAUGAAAAUUUCAUCGUGGAAACCUUGUAUUUUAUUGUUUUAGUUUAAGUCACUAAUAAAACUGUGAAUGUCAAAGAGGAGUUUUGCUGAACUCUGCUUAGCAAAAAUGUCAUUUUAACAUGCCUGUUCAGUUUUUUUUCUAUUAAGUUAAUCCAAAGACUUAUUGAAUGAAUUUAAGAAAAGUUGACCUUAUUAUAAAAAUUCACAACUAAAAAUGUCUUUUUGAUUUCCUUUUGAUGGACUACUAUUAUGUUAAAUAUGUGAGUAAAACUGAUUUCAGGCAUUUUGGAAUAUCCCAGUGACACACUGCAUUUUACAAGUACUGAAAUAUUUGUAUUCUGGAGGAGAAAAUGAGUUUAAAAUUCAGAUCAAGAACUAUUAUUUUUUCUGAAGGGGAAAAAAAAAAUAAAUGAAAGCAAUAUGGUGGUAAUUCCCUCUUUGUGGUUUAUUUUUGGCAACACCUUGCAGCAACUGUGUUCUCCAAACUGAAAGGUGCUUAAUUCUUCACUUUCUUCUGUAUUCUGCAGGUCCCAUAACAACAAACUGCAGUCUACAGCUUCUUAGAGUUCAGCGUGUUAACCAAACACACGAGCAAGGAUCUGGUUGUCUGACAAUUUUUAAUUAAGGAACCAGAUGUUUUUAGUCAGGUUAUCCUGACAAGACUUGAUGUAAACUGCGUUUUUAUUGGUCACAACAAGUCAAAUUAUAUUCUUGGCUUAUUUUGUCCAAAGGACAAAGAAAUAAAAAUCAGCAGCACCACUUUCUUGUCAAGAUCAAAUUGUUGUACUAUUGUGGCAGAAGCAGGAAAACUUUGUUUUGUUGAAGGAGAGAGAGAAAGAGAGCAAGAAAAAAGAUACAGUAAAUGGGGUCACGUUUAACUCCAUGGAAAUGCCACGUCUGUUCUUCAGUGAAGAAGCUGGUUUAAAGUCCACACAGAAAACUUUGACUGUAUUUAUUUAUUGUUGCAAAAAAGACGCUUUUUUAUUGCUGCCCUCAUUUGUCAGCUAAUUAUUUUUUCUUAUAAAAUCCAGCCCCGGUUCCAUGUAAUCCAUUCUGUAUCUUAACAUGAUUCCUGUAGGUAAAAGUACAAGAAGACCUCUAGAUGUCUUUUCUUUCUAUGAAAGGAGCUGCUAUGUACACAUGUGCACACACACAGGACUGGGAAUCAACAAGGAGUUUAUCAUUCAUGGUAGAUAAAAACAAGCUUGCAUAAAAGUUGGGCUGAGUGGUCAUGGACUACAGACUCUGUUGCCUUGAAUAUAACAAACAGUACAAUUUGUCAUUUACUCUGCACCAGACUGAACUGAGUAAAAUCUAUUUGAAGGUAUCUUGUUUGUAAACAUUUGUCAGAUUCUAAUUUUUUUUCUUUUGUAUUAAAAUUCAAAAUAUGGAUGUAUAUGAAACAAAAUAAAUGGAGAUCAUUGUUCUCCCCACAGCCGUAGGUGUGUUUGAGUGUGCGCUGCCACGUGUGUGAGACACUUUGGGGAUCUGUGCAGGAGUGUAGGGAUUGCAAGGAACAGGGGUGGGAAUGGCCGGGGAGCAGGACCCGACCGCGUUCCAGCCCUGGUAUCCCGAUACAACAUUCCCACAGUGGUGCCAAAAGGACUGCUGUAGCUGUGACAGGGCAGGAGGUGUUUGUGAGGUGUCCCUGCCCACCGGAGCUCGGUGAUCUUUGCCAAGUGCACUGGGAAUGUGGAGUACCACCUGUAAUUGUAUCCCUGGGAGGCUCCUGGGCUGCCUUCGUGUUUCCUGUGGGAGCAGCGCUGCCCUGAGGGAUGAACUGGAGCCCGAGAAGAUGCAAAUUGCAGAUGAGGAGGCUUUUCUUUCGCUGUGUGUGACUGACUUGCUCUGGUACCUGUCUGUAGUUCCCAGCCCUGGUUUCUCUGCAGCUCCUCACCCACCUGACCAGCUUUUGCACUAACUCACAGUCAACUUCUGUUCUACAAUGGUCUGGGAUUUACCUGAUUUAUGGAUAAGCUCCUUUUGGGUUUAACCUCACACCUUGCUAUGCAAGAACCUCCUCCGUUAUUUUUCUUAAAAAAGAUGUUGCUACUGACCACCCUUUCUUACACUUCCAGCUCAGGUGUUCAGGUUCUUCUGGGGGGAUUUUAUCUACUAAAAACCCGUGUGUUUUUGUACAUACAAAUGUUGUCAUUUAACCUAUCUGUGAAAAUUACUAAUUGUUCAGUGUGGAAACAAUAAUCCAUUUAUGCUUCUGAAAGUCAAAGAAGAGUAGUUGCAUUUAGGUUAUGUUGUCCUUUGACGUUUUAAAAAAAUGCUGCAUAUUGUAAGCAUUGUGUUUUAAUGGGACAAGAAAAAAAAUCUCACCUUUAACAGCACUGGGACAUAUCCUGCAUCUCAUCACAACUUCUCAGCAUUUCUGUACUAUUUAUUCAUACCUAAAUCCAUAUUGACAUGAUUUAAACCUUUCCUACCUGUAGGCAAUAGAUUGCUGUUUUUAACAAAUUGUGGCAAACUGAAGAGUACUUUUUUGUACCUUAUAGGACACAUCAUCCUAGACAAAUAAAGUAAUGUGUUUGACAUGGA